AUGAGCUCGAGAUUGGACGAUUAUGCCUCGUUCAUGAAAAUUUCGGGAUAUUCGAAAACGAUUCUGCAGCCUGAGAGGAUAAAAAGCGAUGUGAUUUAUUGUCGUAUAUGCUUGGGGUCCAGUGAUUUUGAGGAACUGAUAAGCCCUUGCUAUUGUGCAGGAACAAUUGGAAUUGUUCAUCAACAGUGUUUAGAGAAGUGGUUAAACUUGUCUCGAUCGAAAGCCUGUGAAAUUUGCGGUUUCACUUUUGAAGUUUUAAAACGUUAUCCCCACUUUUGUAAGUGGUUAUGGUUGGGAGGGAAAGGAGAUGGGAUACAUCGUCGCAGAUAUUUAUGGACAGAUUUAAUUUGCCUGCUAAUAAUGGUACCUUUGCUCACAUUGUGCGCAUGGUUGGCGAUUUCUUCGAAUCAGGAUGAAAAAAGUGCUAAUUCAAGAAGGUUUCCAUGGCAGUCCUUUUUUCUUGGAUUAUUAUGCAGCCUUCUUCUUUUAGUAUUUAAUAUUUGGUUAAUGUUUUCUCUUCGAUAUCAUCAUCAAUCAUGGAAACUUUGGCGUAAAGAACAGACUUAUAUUGUCUUAUCAGAAACUGUUAAAAGAAAAAAGGUGAUGAACAUAAAAGGUGACUCACAAAAUCCAAAUUUAAUUAUCCAGAAUAAUAAACAAGAACAAAAUCAACAAUUAAGGAGACUAGAUAUGCCUGAGUCAAAUGAAACAAGUAUGAAACCAAACAAGGCACAUGCUCCUAUUUGUCCAAAGAAGUUUAUUAUAUAUCUAUAAUUUUUCGAAAUGCAAUAAAGAAAACUUUAACUUAAUUUGAAUACUUGAUAAAUCAUCGUUUUAUGAGUUUAUCUAUUAGCAUUUGAAGGUAUUGACUACUUUAUUCUUUUUUCAUACACAUAGUUCCCUUUAUCAUUUUGAAAAGAGCAAGAACAA